CUCCCCACCGAAUGCCCUAGCCAUUUUUCCCCAACUUUCUUGUAAGGUUUACUUCUAGCUAGGGCUUUACAAAUAACCAGUCUGGAGAAAUCCCCUUUCGAAUCUCCGAUCCCGCUUCAAUCGUUCUUUCGGUUGGACAGUUUCUAGGGUUUCCGUACAGUUUUCGCAACGGGAUUCUGAGAUUAAUGGGUACGGAGAGGAAGAGGAAGGUGAGCUUGUUUGACGUGGUAGACGAGACCUCCGUGUCGGCGAAGAUCGCCAACACGAACGGUGCCGGAGGUCCGAUGGCGGGGAAUAGUCUGGUGAAUACGUGGACGGGGAAGCCGUACUCGCAGAGGUACUUUGAGAUCCUCGAGAAGAGGAAGACAUUGCCUGUUUGGCAGCAGAAGGAUGAGUUCAUGCAGGUUUUGAGGAAUAACCAGACUCUAAUUUUGGUUGGUGAGACUGGUAGUGGUAAAACAACUCAGAUCCCUCAGUUUGUUCUGGAAGCUGUUGAGGCUGAAUAUCCAGAUAAAAGAAGAAAAUGGAUGGUUGCGUGCACCCAGCCUCGUAGAGUGGCUGCAAUGUCAGUAUCUCGACGUGUUGCUGAAGAGAUGGACGUAACCAUUGGAGAAGAGGUUGGUUAUAGCAUUCGGUUUGAGGACUGCAGUAGUGCGAGGACAGUUUUGAAGUAUCUGACUGAUGGUAUGCUCUUAAGGGAAGCAAUGACAGAUCCACUUUUAGAACGGUAUAAGGUGAUAAUUCUUGAUGAGGCUCAUGAAAGGACCUUGGCAACAGAUGUGCUCUUUGGACUCCUAAAGGAAGUGCUGAAAAAUAGACCUGACCUGAAGCUGGUCGUUAUGAGUGCAACUCUGGAGGCUGAAAAGUUUCAGGGUUAUUUUAGUGGCGCACCACUCAUGAAGGUUCCUGGUAGGCUUCAUCCUGUAGAAAUUUUUUACACCCAGGAACCUGAAAGGGAUUACCUGGAGGCAGCAAUUCGGACUGUUGUGCAAAUACAUAUGUGUGAGCCUCAGGGAGAUAUACUUGUAUUUCUUACCGGAGAGGAGGAAAUAGAAGAUGCGUGCCGUAAGAUAUCCAAAGAGAUUGGAAAUCUCGGUGAUCAGGUUGGCCCUGUGAAAGCAGUCCCUUUAUAUUCAACUCUUCCUCCGGCAAUGCAGCAGAAAAUUUUUGACCCUGCUCCUCCUCCAGUGAACGAGGGAGGCCCACCUGGAAGGAAGAUUGUGGUGUCAACUAACAUUGCAGAAACUUCUUUGACCAUAGAUGGUAUAGUUUAUGUUAUUGACCCUGGGUUUGCUAAACAAAAAGUUUACAACCCAAGAGUGCGUGUUGAGUCGUUGUUGGUUUCCCCAAUAUCAAAGGCUAGUGCCCAUCAAAGAUCAGGGCGUGCUGGAAGAACUCAGCCAGGAAAAUGUUUUAGACUUUACACAGAGAGGAGUUUUAGUAAUGAUCUUCAACCACAGACUUAUCCGGAAAUAUUGAGAUCAAACCUCGCUAAUACAGUCCUUACUCUGAAGAAGCUGGGCAUAGAUGAUCUGGUUCAUUUUGAUUUUAUGGAUCCCCCUGCUCCGGAGACAUUGAUGAGAGCGUUAGAGGUGUUGAAUUAUCUGGGAGCGUUGGACGAUGAUGGGAACCUGACAAAGCUGGGAGAAAUCAUGAGUGAAUUUCCAUUAGAUCCUCAGAUGUCUAAGAUGCUUGUUGUAAGCCCUGAAUUCAACUGUUCAAAUGAGAUUCUGUCGAUUUCUGCCAUGCUUUCAGUACCCAAUUGCUUUGUCCGGCCUAGGGAGGCUCAAAAAGCUGCGGAUGAGGCGAAAGCUAGGUUUGGGCACAUUGACGGAGAUCACCUGACACUUUUGAAUGUGUAUCAUGCGUACAAGCAAAAUAAUGAGGAUCCAUCUUGGUGUUACGAAAACUUUGUCAAUCAUAGGGCUCUGAAGUCUGCAGAUAAUGUUAGACAACAGCUAGUCCGCAUCAUGGCACGAUUUAACCUCAAGUUAUGCAGUACCGAUUUCAACAGCCGUGACUACUACAUCAACAUAAGGAAGGCGAUGCUUGCUGGAUAUUUCAUGCAGGUAGCACAUCUGGAGCGCACUGGACACUACUUGACUGUUAAAGACAACCAGGUGGUGCACUUGCAUCCUUCAAAUUGCCUGGAUCACAAACCUGAAUGGGUCAUCUACAAUGAGUACGUCUUAACGAGCAGAAAUUUUAUACGAACAGUAACAGAUAUCCGUGGCGAAUGGCUAGUUGACAUAGCACCACAUUACUUCGAUCUGGAGAACUUCCCUCAGUGUGAGGCUAAGAGAGUUCUCGAGAGGCUUUACAAAAAGCGCGAAAAAGAGAGGGAGGAGAGUCGGAACCGAAAAUGAAGUUAUCUACUAAAAUAUGACCCAGAUGUUUAUCCUCCAGUGGCAGAGAAAAGAUACUGUAGGCAUCUAUCCUCUGCGACAUCAAAGGCCUUUUCUUCAUCAGAUGGUUCCCGGUUGCCAGUGCUCAGGGAAAAUUGUGGAAGAUUCGUGUAUGCAUCUUUUCCGUGAUAGCUUAAGUAGACCGUUGUCUUGUAUUCUAUCUAUCUGAGUUUGUUUCGGAUUUUCUGGUCGAAUUUUCUAGAAAUUGGUAGUUAAAUCAAAUAUAAGAUGGCAAUGGCAUACUGGAUCUGCUGCCAUAAUUUUGGCUUCCUUCCAA